UUUAUUACAAAUCCCUAUCUUUUUAGUUCUUCCCUUUAAUUUCCACCAUUUUCUCUCUCUCUCUCUCUAAGUUCUCUCCUUCUCUCUCUUCCCUGCUUCCGCGGCAUCUCAUUUUCAGGAUUUUGCCUCCUGGUCUUCACAAUUCCUGUCUGGUUUGUUCUUGAUUUCUGUGUAAUUUUUGUGAAUCUGAUUUUUCACUUCGAUUUCACUUUCUGGAUUUGAUUUUUUUGUUGUUGUCUGUGAGCUCUGUGAAAUUGCUUGAUUCUUCAUCCCUCGUUUGAGGUGACGCGUAAUGAAUUUUCUCGGAAAACAAUCAGGCAGUACUAGAGGUUUUCAAAAUUGCAGUGUGUAUCUUGCAUUGAUUUUCCUCUUGCUUUUUUCCGGCGUAUUUGUUACGAUUGCUGAAGCGCAUGUUCGUCAAGGAUUCAACGAGUCCAAUCGGUCUGGUGUUUUCGGAAUCGAAUUGCCGGAAAAUAUUAGCUCUGGUAUUGCUUCUUCUUCGGCGAGUGCUCCGUGUAGUUUCAGUAAUGAAGAUGAAGAUGAAGAAGAGGAAGAGAGGUUUAUGGCGAAUUCGGUGAAGAAAUCGGUGAAGCUUCACUUGAAAAAGCGGUCAACGAGUCGAGUGACCGAACCGAAGGAAUCGAUUACUGAAUCUGCAGUUAGGGAUUUGGCGAGAAUCCAGACGCUUCAUAAGAGAAUCACGGAGAGGAAGAAUCAAGAUACGACUUCGAGACUGAAGAAUGGCAAUGCUGAGCGGAGGAAACCGGCGGAGGCGGUUUCUCCGUCCGCUUCGCCUGAUUCUUACUCCGGCUACUUCUCCGGUCAGCUUAUGGCGACUCUUGAAUCCGGCGUUAGUCUUGGCUCUGGUGAGUACUUCAUCGAUGUCUUCGUCGGUUCUCCGCCCAAACAUUUCUCUCUGAUUCUCGAUACCGGUAGCGAUUUGAACUGGAUUCAAUGUGUUCCUUGUCACGAUUGUUUCGAGCAAACGGGGCCUUAUUACGACCCUAAAGAUUCAAUUUCUUUCAGAAACAUAACCUGUAAGGAUCCUCGAUGUCAAUUAGUUUCGUCUCCAGAUCCUCCGCAGCCGUGCAAAUCCGAGACGCAAUCGUGCCCUUACUUUUACUGGUACGGCGACAGUUCGAACACCACUGGCGAUUUCGCGCUCGAGACGUUCACCGUCAAUCUGACCUCGUCGACGACGCGGAAGUCGGAGUUUCGGCGAGUGGAGAAUGUGAUGUUCGGAUGCGGCCAUUGGAACAGAGGCCUCUUCCAUGGCGCCGCCGGACUUUUAGGGCUUGGCCGAGGACCUCUCUCGUUUUCAUCGCAGCUUCAAUCGCUCUACGGCCAUUCUUUCUCCUACUGUCUUGUUGAUCGAAACAGUGAUACGAGCGUGAGCAGCAAACUUAUUUUCGGCGAAGACAGAGAUCUAUUAACUCAUCCGGAACUGAAAUUCACAUCGCUAAUCGGCGGAAAGGAAAAUCCAGUCGACACAUUCUACUAUCUGCAAAUCAAAUCGAUCUUCGUCGGAGGAGAGAAGCUCCAAAUCCCCGAGGAGAACUGGAAAAUUUCCGCCGACGGCGCCGGCGGAACAAUCAUCGAUUCCGGCACAACUCUCAGCUAUUUCUCCGAUCCGGCUUACCGAAUCAUCAAAGAAGCAUUCCUGAGGAAAGUAAAGAACUAUAAACUGGUUGAAGAUUUUCCGAUCUUACAUCCUUGCUACAACGUCUCCAGCGCUGAUAAACUUGAAUUUCCAGAAUUCGAAAUCCAGUUCGCCGAUGGCGCCGUGUGGAAAUUCCCGGUGGAGAAUUACUUCAUCAGAAUCGAGCAAUUCGAUAUGGUUUGCUUGGCGAUGUUAGGGACUCCAAAAUCGGCUCUGUCGAUCAUCGGAAAUUACCAGCAGCAGAAUUUUCACAUACUGUACGAUACGAAGAACUCGAGACUGGGGUUUGCGCCGAUGAGAUGCGCUGACACACAGACGCAUUUCAAAUGGGCCGGGCCGGUCCAGUACUCGUGCGACCCAAUUGCGAAGCAGAUCUGUUUAGGUUUUACUGAGCGUAGCGCUGUGGAGAGAACCAGCUCAAAGCACGUUGCCGAUCUCUCUCAGAUUAUCGAGUGCAAAAUGGUCUCAUUCAGGUUUCAUCAGUACCAGGUCGUGGGGAGGGCUCUUCCUUCUGAAGCGGAUGAGCAUCCCAAGAUUUAUCGGAUGAAGCUUUGGGCUACCAACGAGGUCCGAGCCAAAUCCAAGUUCUGGUACUUUUUGAGGAAGUUGAAGAAAGUCAAGAAGAGCAAUGGUCAAGUUCUUGCCAUCAACGAGAUUUUUGAAAAGAACCCAACCAAGAUCAAGAACUACGGUAUUUGGCUGCGGUAUCAGAGUCGAACUGGUUAUCACAACAUGUACAAGGAGUUUCGGGAUACGACACUGAACGGGGCUGUCGAACAAAUGUAUAACGAGAUGGCUUCUCGCCAUAGGGUGAGGUGCCCAUGCAUCCAAAUCAUCAAGACAGCAACUGUUCCUGCAAAACUGUGCAAGAGGGAAAGUACGAAGCAGUUUCAUGACUCAAAGAUCAAAUUCCCUUUGGUGUUUAAGAAGGUGAGACCACCCACCAGGAAGCUGAAGACAACAUACAAAGCAUCUAAACCCAACUUGUUUAUGUAAUUGUGUUCAUCUUUCAUUUAAUUAUUGAUAUGGGUAUAGAUUUACUUAGAGAAUUAGAUGAAAUUUCUGCCAAACCAUUCUUUUCUGUAGCACAAUUAUUUCUCUGUUUUGGAGACUGAGAUGAGAUUCACAAUUUUGGUUGGACUGAUAUAAAGCAAAUUUUGUUGUCUUGAUGU